AUGAGCUCUGAUGAUAUCCGUUUGGGUGAUAUAAUUGUUGAUGAUGAUAGUGGUGAUAUAGUUCUUAUCGGAUUUCCAUAUGAUGAAGGUGUGCGAAGAAAUAAUGGACGAGUUGGAGCACAACAUGGUCCAAAUGCAUUUCGUCAACUAUUAAAACGAACAGGAACUGUUGUUAAUGCUGAAUAUGAUGAUUUAGAUAUACGAAAAUAUUUAAAAAUUUCAGACGGAGGAAAUAUUAAUUCUGAUUUAACUUUAGAAGAAGCUCAUCAACAAUUAGAAGAACGUAUUCAACAAUUAAUUUUAAAAGGAAAAAUUCCAUUUGUUGUUGGAGGUGGAAAUGAUCAAUCUUAUCCUAAUGCUUCAGCUUUAUUAAAUAAUUCGAAAUCAAUUUAUGUUAUUAAUAUUGAUGCACAUCUUGAUGUUCGACCAUUAAAAGAAAAUAAAUCUCAUUCUGGAUCACCUUUUAGAUUAUUACUUGAAGAUCAAAGAUUUCAUCAAAAUCCUUCAAAUCGAUUUAUUGAAUUUGCAAGUCAAGGAUCUCAAUGCUCAAUAGAACAUGUAAAUUAUAUUCGUUCAAAAUCUCCAUUAACUCAAAUAUUUUGGUAUCAAUCAAUUCGUGAUGAUCCAUUAACAUAUUUUCGUUCUAUUAUUAAAUCAGCAGAAGAACAAAAAAGUGAUAUAUUUGUAUCAUUUGAUGUAGACUCAAUUAUUUCAUCUUCAUGUCCUGGUGUUAGUGCACCAGCAACAGUUGGUCUUACUGCUCAACAAGCAUGUGAUAUUGCUUUUUAUGCUGGACAAUCUCUACAAGUUAAAUUAAUGGAUCUUAGUGAAUAUAAUCCAUUAAUUGAAGAGUAUCGUACAGGGAAACUUGUUACACUUAUUUUUUAUCAUUUUAUUCUCGGACGUGCAAAAACUCUUAGAGAUGCAAUACAUUAA